AAACACAAAAUCCUACAACUUUCCUUUCUUUCAAAGAUAUGGCCGAAACAAUCGUCUCUGUUGUUGCUGAGGUACUCUUGGGUAAGCUAUUCUCCCCUGCUUCCAAUGAAAUUGGCUUGGCAUGGGUGUCCAAAAAGAUGCACAAAAGCUUGUUGGCACCUUAACCACUAUCAAAGCUAUUCUCUUAGAUGCUGAGGACAAACAGAUCCAUAAUCAGAAGGUCAAAGUUUGGCUGGCAAAGCUUAAGGGGAUCUGCUACGAUGCCGAAGAUGUUUUAGACGAGACUGAGGUGGAAGGUUUGCAUAAACAAGUGGUGAAUACUCAAAGCAGUGGAAGAAAGAUUCAAGGUUAGCAAUUAAGUGUGGUGGUACAUAGUUAAGAGUCGACAAUAAGUGUA